CCUCUAUCGUUGCCAUCUCAAUCAGACUCCCAUCUUCCUAUCUUUGAUCUGUCUCUGGGUAUCGUUUUUGACGGUCUUGGCCCCGUUCGUGCGAGACAACCGAAACGACUCUUGGUGUAGGAAUCAUACUUCGUCCAGUUCGUCCAGUUCGUCUCGAAGCAAACUCCGUAGUUCAGUUCAGAUCGCGUCCUCGAUUUCCAUCGUCUUCUUUUUUCCAUUCGUGUUAUCAGUUACAUAUUCCUGUUCUCUUCCUUUUUCUUCUCUUUUCCCUCCGUGAUCACCCCGUUAUUCAGUUGCUUAGAUAUUGUUCAUCAUGAGCACUGGCAUGCCUCCGUGGCGGUCAGGGUCAGCUGUCGUCACAGCCACCCCCAAAGUUGCUGGUCAUGCCGCCCCAGCGUACAUCCCGGUUCAAGCACGCCGUAGCCUCGCCACUCCAGCCCCAUCCAAGUCCGCCGUAUCCCAACCCCCUUCAGUAUCAUCCCAGCCGUCGACAACGGAAGCGUCUGCUCGGAAACGAGUAGAAUGGCCAGCACCGGUGCGGUCGUACGUACAGCGGUGUUUUGCGCCAGAGAACCAAAUGCUCUCAGUCAGCAGGCAAGAGAUGGAGGCCAAGUUGAAGUCCGUGAUCACCGCCGCAGCGGAGAGAGAUGAGCUCCACACCACCAACUGGGACGCCUUACCUCUCCCCCAGGUCAUGGUUCAAAAUGAACGAAACCGGAUCCUAGCCAGUCCGAAUGUCUCCGCUUGGGGAGCGGCAAGUACGGCUUCUCCCCGCAAAAUUGAUACCGCUGCCAACGAGGCAUCUAAAAAGCGAAAGUCGGCGGAGUACCACGGGGAUGCCAACGGCGCUCCCCCGUGGCGGCAAACUAACAGUCAAGUCCCUUUUGAAGACCGAAUCUCGUACUCACCCACUGAUAAGCGGCAACGCAUAGAUCAAAAGAAUCCAAGUAAGUCCAAAGCUAAUCUAGAACUGCGGAAGAAGCGGUUUGAAGAUCCUCGGGCCCGGUACGGUUCGUCCCCGUCGUCGCGGGGCGAGUCCCCCACGCCUAGCGCCGCCAACCAAGGCCCCGUCGUCGGGCGGUGCCAGGACUUGGAAAAGAAAUAUUUCCGGUUGACGUCGGCGCCGAACCCGGACACGGUCCGUCCCCUGCCGGUCCUGAUGAAGACGCUGGAUCUCUUGAAAAAGAAAUGGAAGAAGGAUAACAACUACGGGUACAUCUGCGAUCAGUUCAAGUCCCUCCGGCAAGAUUUAACGGUGCAGCAUAUCCGGAACGAGUUCACGGUUAGCGUGUACGAGAUCCAUGCUCGUAUCGCCCUGGAGAAAGGAGAUCUUGGUGAGUACAAUCAGUGUCAAACGCAGCUGCGGGCUCUCUACACGCGGCAACUCGGCGGGCAUCCCACCGAGUUCAAGGCGUAUCGCAUCCUGUACUUCAUCCACACUCGCAACUGGACGGCCAUGAACGAUGCGCUGGCCGACUUGACGGCGGCAGAUAAGCGGGAUCUGGCGGUGAAGCACGCCUUGGACGUUCGGUCCGCACUCGCUUUAGGAAACUAUCACCGUUUCUUUCAGCUGUAUUUGGAUACUCCAAACAUGGGGGCUUACCUGAUGGAUAUGUUUGUGGAUCGUGAGCGGCUGUCGGCCUUGGCGGUCAUCUGUAAAGCAUAUAAACCCGACGUAAAGAUCCGGUUCAUCACUGAAGAGCUCGGUUUCGAGUCCGAUGAGCAGAGCGCACGGUUCGUUCUGGAUCAUACCUCGGAAGAGUUUCUCCAAGAAAAGGACGGGACCGUGAGACUGCUCACCGGGGCCAAAGCCAGCUUCUUGUUAGAGACGGCCAAGUCAUCGGCUCAUCGGAUUGUUGACAUCAAGGGGCAGAUCUAGCAUCCAUUCUCUUUCGGUGACCUACUAUUCGUUUUUACGUUUCUUGCAUUCGUGCACAUUUCACGUUUUAACAGCUUCUAAUUCUCCACCCAUCCCUUGUCCGUGUUGCAUUUCUCAGUUUUGAUCGUUGUUGGCUUGGGCAUUUUUCUUUCGCAUCCGUGCAGGUUGACUUGAUGUCUCAAGGAAAAAAUAUACCCGCCCCCGUCGAUGGGGGACGUGCUUCGGCACGUGCAUCGAAUUAUUUAGCAUUGGUUCAUUUCAUUGUUGGAGUGGGCGUUCAUGGUAUGAACGGGGCGUCGUCGGCAUGAUAGUUAUACAGCAUUUAUCGAAUCCAUUCAUGAAU